AUGAAACCUCAAGUAUUCAAUGUUGGUGAUUAUGUUCUUCUCCGCCAUGAAAACAAAUUCAGCUUGGAGUACAACUGGAAAGGCCCAUAUCGCAUCCUUGCUCGCAACUUGGACACUCACGUGUAUCAAAUUCAAGACAUGCAAAGCAACACGUACGCUUCGUGGGUUCAUACCGAUCGUCUUCGACCAAUUCACCUUCACUCGUCACCGCCUACACAACCAUGGUACGAUCCAACAAGCUCCAGAGCCAACAUUCGGCAACAACUUUCAACGCUCACACCACACAAAAUCUUGUUCGAGGACGACCAACAAUUUCGGGAGGGGAUAUUGUCGCAGGAUCAAGCAUUCAACACGUGA